AAACUGGCUGGCUGUCGUAUUUAAUCCUUGCUAACUCCGCUAAAUCCGGUCAACUCACUUCUUCCCUUGACAUCAUGACAAAGAUCCCCUCUCCAUUAAACUUGGCAAAAUGGCUCUCCGAGAAUGAAGACAAGCUCAAACCACCAAUCGGCAACUACAUGUUACAGGUCGGUAAUGGGACGCAAGUCAUGGCCGUAGGUGGGCCGAAUGCUCGAACCGACUUUCACAUAAACGAGACAGAGGAAUGGUUUUUCCAGUACAAAGGCAGCAUGACUUUGAGGGUGUUCGUCGAUGGAGACUUCAAAGAUAUCGCCAUCAAUGAAGGCGAGAUGUACUUGCUACCUGGAAAUGUACCGCACAGUCCAAUUCGCUAUGCAAACACAGUCGGCAUUGUCAUUGAAAAAAUUCGAGAACCACAUCAUAUUGAUCGUUUACGAUGGUACUGCAAAGACUGCAAGGAGAUUAUCUACGAGGAGUCCUUCCAUUGUGUGGAUUUGGGCAGCCAAUUGAAGCCUAUAGUAGAGCGUUAUGCAAAUGAUCAGCAGCUUCGGACAUGUAAGAACUGCGGGUGCGUCAAUGAAGCCAAGUGAGCGGACAUGGCAGGGCCAUGCAGGAAAAAAAUCAUCCACCCCCAUUGAAAAAAAUACCUUGUGACUGCUAUGUUGCCUCCUGUCCAGAGCACAUCAUGGCAUCAUUGCCAUCUUCUUACCCCUCCCCUCUCUAUAGACCAGCGUUACUAUUACAAACUCCCCAUCAUAAAAUUGAUAUAUAUAUACUUUUUCGUUUAUGUUGUUUUAUGGCUGGCCACUGCUAAUCGAGUG